UUGAGAGUAUUAGAGAGUGUGAUAAUAGUGUAAUCAAGGUGUGUUAAUUACAACAGAGAAGUCUCCUAUUUAUAGGGGAAAAGCUAAGCUUAUUAGGAUUAGAAGAUAAUUGUGAACCACACAAUUAUCAUCUAGAAAUCAUAAUUAUGAUUUCUUAUUUAUAUUAACAAUGAUGAUAAUGUGUUCCUAAUCAUGAAUAGUUAGAAGAUGACUAAUUCAACUUUAUUUCAACACUCCCCCUUGAAUGGUUCUUCUAAUUAUUCUGGGGUAUUAGUAUCAUAGUAUUAUAAUGUACUGUCUCGUUAAAAACCUUUGUCAGGAAAAACCCAGUGGGAUAAAAACCCGACGAAGGGAAAAAGAGUGCAGUGCUUUAUAUUACUCCCCCUCAAUUUAACAUAUAUCACGAAGACGACACAUUCCAAUUUUGUGGACCAGUUCUUCAAAUUUCUUCGGUGCCAAUGACUUUGUGAAUAAAUCAGCAGGGUUGUCGCAGGACUUGAUUUGUUUGACAUCAACUGUUCCUUCUUUCUCAAGAUCAUGUGUGGAGAAAAGUUUUGGUGCUAUAUGCUUUGUUCUAUCCCCUUUGAUGUAACCUCCUUUGAUCUGAGCUAUACAUGCUGUGUUAUCUUCAUAAAUCACAGUAGGAUUACAAGUAAACGAUUUUAUACCGCAUUCAAUUUGUAUGUGCUGGAUCAUUGAUCUCAACCAGACACAUUCUCGACCUGCUUCAUAAAGAGCAAUUAAUUCUGCAUGAUUUGAUGAUGUGGCAGUUAAUGUUUGCUUCAUCGAUCUCCAUGAGAUAGCGGUAUCACCAUAGGUAAAUACAUAUCCUGUUUGUGAUUUUGCCUUUUGUGGAUCAGACAAGUAUCCUGCAUCGGCAUAGCCAAUUAAAGUGGCAUUUGCACCAUUCUUGAAAUACAAUCCAAGAUCGAUUGUACCAUUGAGAUAGCGGAAUAUAUGUUUGACGCCAUUCCAAUGUCUUCUUGUCGGAGAAGAAUUGUACCUGGCUAAUAAAUUUACAGAAAAAGCAAUAUCUGGUCGUGUAUUAUUAGCCAAAUACAUUAACGCUCCAAUAGCACUCAAAUAUGGUAUUUCGGGACCAAGGAUUUCUUCAUCAUCUUCACAAGGUCGAAAAGGAUCAUCAUGCACAUUGAGAGAUCGAACCACCAUCGGGGAAUUGAGUGGGUGAGCUUUUUCCAUGUAAAACCGCUUCAAAAGUUUCUCGGUAUAAUUUGAUUGGUAGAUAAAAAUACCAUUUCUCAGAUGUUCAAUUUGAAUGCCGAGACAAAAUUUUGUUCUCCCAAGGUCUUUCAUUUCAAAUUCUUUCAUGAGAUAUUUAGCAGUAUUUUCAAUUUCAUUGGGAGUUCCGAUUAUAUUCAAAUCAUCAACAUAUACUGCAAUUAUGGCGAAUCCUGAUUCAGAUCGCUGAAUGAAAACACAUGGACUAAUAGGAUCAUUUUUGUAUCCUUCUUUAAUCAAAUAUUCACUUAGACGGUUAUACCACAUGCGUCCAGAUUGUUUUAAUCCAUAUAAUGACUUUUGCAAUUUUAUGGAAAAUAAAUCUCGAAAUUUCGAGCUAUAAGCAUCAGGUAUUUUAAAGCCUCCAAGAAUUCUCAUAUAUAUGUCUAUAUCAAGUGAACCAUAUAAAUAUGCGGUCACUACAUCCAUUAGCUGCAUUUGCAGCCUUUCAAAAACAGACAUGCCAAUUAAAAAUCGUAAAGUAGUAACAUCAACUACUACAGAAUACAUCUCAUCAUAAUCGAUUCCUGGCAUUUGAGAAAAAUCUUGGGCAACAAGUCGAGCUUUAUAUCUAACGAUUUCAUUCUUCUCAUUGCGUUUACGCACAAACACCCAUUUAAAACCUAUAGGUUUUACGCCUUUUGGCGUGUGGACAAUUGGUCCAAAAACAUUACGUUUUUCUAGCGAUUUUCGUUCUACCUGAAUCGCUUCAUUCCAUUUUGGCCAAUCGUUUCUACGACGACAUUCGUCAAUAGAUUUAGGCUCAUUGUCAUCGUGUUUAUUCAUUAUAUCUGUGGCGGUGGCAUAUGAAAAUAUAUCGUUAACAUCAAUAUCUUUUCUAUUCCAUUGCAUUCCAUUAGAAACGUAGUUGAUUGAAAUUUCAAAAUUAUCAACGUUUCUAUCUUUAUCUGGAAUAUUUACCUCUUCAAAGGUGAUUGGAUCCUCUUUUGAGGUAUCCUUAUUAUUGAUGUUAUCUUCAAUGCCGAUAUUAUCAUAAUGUUCAUUUUCUUCCUGAGAAGGUUGAACUUCUUUGGCACCACAAACUAAAUCUUGCUUUUUAAAUUUUCUUGGUUUCAAAUCUCUUGAACCAAGUGGUCUACCACGUUUUUUACGUAUCAUAGAUUCAUUAGCAAGAGUUCUUUCGCUAAUCUCCGUAGGAAUUUCUAUUCAAGAAGGAGUAUUCAUAGCUGGAAUAUGUGACUUUGUCACUUUCUUUGAGUCUGUGAAAGCAUCAGGCAAUUGGUUUGCAACACUUUGUAAAUGAAUGAUCUUUUGAAUUUCUUGUUCACAAGCAUUUGUGCGAGAAUCAAGAAAAGAUAAAUCUGUUGCAUUCCAAGUAAUAUCUUUCGUACGUGGGUCCAUUUCUUUAUUAUCUCCCCCUAAGGCUGGGAAUACCGUUUCAUCAAAAUGACAAUCAUCGAACCGUGCGGUGAAUAAGUCACCAGUCAUAGGUUCUAGAUAAUUAAUAAUUGAGGGAGAUUUAAAACCAACAUAAAUUCCCAGCCUUCUUUGAGGACCCAUUUUAGUACGCUAAGGUGGAGCAAUUGGUACAUACACAGAACAACCAAAUAUUUUUAUGUGUGAUAUAUUUGGUUCUUUACCAGAUAUUAAUUGCAAUGGGGAAAAUUUAUGAUAUGCAGUUGGCCUGAGCCGAAUUAAAUUUGCAGCAUGCAUUAUAGCAUAUCCCCAUGCAGAUGAUGGUAAUCUGGAUUUCAUCAAUAAUGGUAUAGCAAUUAAUUGUAAUCGCUUAAUUAAGGAUUCAGCAAGACCAUUUUGUGUAUGCACAUGUGGAACUGGAUGUUCCACAUCAAUCCCAAUUGACAUGCAAUAGUCAUUAAAAGAUUGGGAUGUAAAUUCCCCUGCACUAUCAAGUCAGAUUUUCUUUUUUGAAAAAUCCGGAAAUUGUGAUCUCAAACGAAUAAUUUGAGCAAGGAGAUUUGCAAAUGCAAAAUUUCUAGUCGAUAAAAGACUGACGUGUGACCAACGUGUUGAUGCAUCAAUGAGCACCAUAAAGUAUCGAAAGGGUCCACACGGAGGGGCAAUUGGCCCACAAAUAUCUCCUUGAAUUCUUUCUAAAAAUGCAGGAGAUUCAACUCCAAUUUUGUAUAAAGAUGGUUUGAUAAUUAAUUUGCCAAGAGAACAGGCUGUGCAUGAGAAAUCACUUGAUUGUGGAAUUUUGACAUUAUUUAAUGAAUGUCCAAGUGAAUUUUGAAUAAUUGUGUGCAUCAUAGUGCUGCCUGGAUGACCUAAACGGUCAUGCUACAAGAUAAAGGAACAGUGGUCAUUAAUUUUAGAUACCACAUUUAUCUCAAUUGGACUGAAUGUAUGUAUAAUAUAGUCCGGAGGAAUAUGAUGGCAUUUUUCUGAAAUGUAUUUAUUUCUAGAUCUAUUUGUCGUUAGACAUAAAUAUUCCUUUUGAUUUUCAGACAUGGUUUCAAUGUGAAAACCAUUUAGACGCAUAUCUUUGAAACUCAAAAGAUUUCUCCGUGAUUUACUGGAGUACAAAGCGUCUUUAAUUAUUAAUUUUGUCCCUUUUGGGAGAAUUACACAGGCUAUUCCAGAACCUUCAAUGAGUUUAGCAACACCUGAGAUUGUAUUGACAUUAGCAUCAACUAAUGUCAUAUGAGAAAAAUAAUCUCUAUGUCUCAAAAUGGUACGUGUGCGUUGUGACACUGUCUAUUAAACAUUGUUCAAAGCCAUUUGGAGAAAUUUCAGUUAACUCCAUAUAUUUAAAAAGAUAAAAAUGAACAAAUAUUAGUUCAAUAUUGCAAUAUAAACAAGAAUUUAUUCAUUAAAAUGUACAUAACUUUUACAACCGAAACAAGCACACCAAAGAAAAAUUACAAUACAACAAACUUUUAUUGUAGAAUAUAUUACAUAACAAAAUAAUUUCAUUUUUAUUAUUAUUAUUUUUCACCCAUGACGAUGUCAGUGUUCAUCUCAUUAUUAUCCAUAUAGAAAUCAGACAUAUUAAAUGCGGGCAUUGGUGGAACGUUUUCGUUGACGUAAUUAGUUUCCACAUUCUUUCCUUUUAGAGAUGAUUUAAAUAAGUCAACCAAAUGUGUAGGUGUGCGACACUUAUUUGCCUAAUGUCCCGACGUGCCACAUUUAAACAAGUGACUUUAGCCUUUUCUGAAGAUUUCAUCGGGGCUCUUGUUUGAUGGGGUUUUUGCUUUCCCUUGCCUUUGUAAGAGCUACUACUCUGUUUGUUUCCCCGGCUAGGUCCAUUAUAACGACCAAUACCACGACCACGUUUGAAAUGUCUACGAGCACCACUAUGGGUUGCAUUUGAUUCAUGUUUUGAACCAUGAUUUUGUGGACCAAAACUAAAAGGGCUACAACCCGUGGGUCUCAUAUUGUGGUUUCUCAUCAAAAUGUCAUUAUUCGUCUCAGCAAGUAGUAAUACUGAUAUUAAAUCAGAAUACUUUUGAAAGUGCUUUUGUCUAUAUUGCUCUUGUAAAAGCAUAUUUGAAAGAUGCAUAGUGGAUAAAGUUUUUUCCAACAUUUCAGCAUCAGUGACUUUUUGUCCGCAUAACUUCAGUUUUGAUGUUAUUUGGAACAAGGUAGAAUUGUAGUCACUUAUAGAUUUGUAAUCCUGGAAUCGUAAAUUGAUUCAGUCAUAUUGAGCUUUUGGUAAAAGAACCUUUUGUUGAUGGCCAUACCUUUCUUGGAGAUUAUCCCAUAAUUCUUUAGGGUCAUCUACCAAUAAACACUCAGACUUCAAACUUUCGUGAAGAUGGUGACGAAGAAAGAUAAUGGCUUUUGCCUUAUUUUGAGGAGUGACUGAAUUAUUUUCGGCAAUUGUGUUUUCGAGGGCAUUUGCUUUUAAAUGUGCCAAAGCGUCGACUUUCCAUUUCAAAUACUUUUGACCAGAUAAAUCAAGGACGUCGAACUCUCUUUUGCUAAUAUUAGCCAUGGAUGAACUACACCAUAAUUAAUUCAAAAUUAAUUAGUUAAUGGUUUGUAUAGAUAAUACGAUUAGAUAUACAUAAUAUAUAUAUGUAAUAAACACUAUAUUACUAACUACUCCGUACUACAUACGAUAACAAUAUUUAUAUGCAUCACUUUUAUUACGUAGUUCGUAUGGGUAGUAAUAUAUAUUAAUAACAAUAAUCUCGGAGAAAAAAUUGGUUCCCAUGAACAAUGUGUAUCCAUGAUAUAUACUGUAUAAACAAAAUUUAUCAAUUACUCCGUAUUAAGUUGAAGAGAUCACUGAUAUGUCAUUUCAAUCAAUUUGCACCACCGUUCUAAUAUUAGCUAGCCAUAUGUAGUAUUCAAAAUUUAAAUGCAUGAACCAGUGUACACACACAUUGAAACAAAACAAAUUGAAACCAUACAUUAAUGUUAUUUGGACGAAAAAAUUGGGAAUUAGGACCCACUUCAAUUUUAAAAUUGUAUUUGUAUGCUACGCAUUAAAAGACAUAAUAGUUAUACACAGUAUGACCAUGUGAUGUGUCUGUCACAUGUAAACAAAAAAAAAUUGAUGUCAAAUUAAUAUGUAGACCCGAUGAGUUUCUUUAUGUAUGUAUAGAGAGUAUGUGAAGCUAAGAAGUAAAUUAACUACUACUCUUUCUUUCUUCGGUUUAUUACCUACCUCUCUUUCUGUUAUCUUCUAAGAAUUCAAUUUUCUUGUAUUCAUUAUUUACAGAAUUUGAUUCUUUUUCUUCUUGAUUACUCAGCUUCCAAGCACAUUUUCGUAGUAUUCUUUCUUUUAUUUUAAUCUACUAGUAUAGGUAAUGUACACAUGUGGAUAUCCAUGUUCAUUCUGAUUUGCUAAUUCCAGAAAGUUAUCACCGAGAAGUAUGUUCAACACAGAUGAAUUGAUAAAAUCGUGGAAAUAUAUACCUGUUGGGAAGAUGAUGAUUUCAGGGAUUUGGAGCAAAUUCGUGUUGAUAACGUGUUAUGAAAUGGAAGGAAAUAAGCAGAAGAUCAGGGAUAGAAAAUAUGUCCUCGUGUAGCUGAAUCCUCUGUUCGUCGAUCCUCCUACUCCUACAGUUCUCUCUGCUUGCUUCGUAUCUCUGACCGCUGUCGCAGACUUGCAGAGUUGCAGCCAUCACUCCCCAGCCUCGAUUUACAUAAUCUGUGGCUCCAUCCUAACACCGGUGGGGAACUGCCUCCAGCAGUCUAGCUCUCCACGGCUCCAGGUCUGCAGGGCUUCACCCCUGGGCCCCCAUUGGAUUGAAAGGUAGAUCCGCCUCUGCUUCCUGCUGGAGUGAGUGUGGCUCCCAAUCUACGUUUAUGGUUUGGGUUUCAGUUUAAGUUGAGCAGAAGCAAAAUGGUGGCCCAAUCUCUAAGCUCUAGCACAAUUCUUCAUUCUGAUUUCCAGUUGAUACUCUAUUUUGGAUUAAGCAAUCUUUCAUACUAGAAAUGUUAUGGAGUUCUAGACACCUAUUUAAACUAUCACGCAGAUCAACAAAAUGUUGUUUUCUCUCAUCAACAAACGAUCUUCUGAUCAACACUCAUCAAAUUUCUUUCUCUACUAUUCCUGGGAGUUCCAAAGUUAUCCUCACCCCGCAAGUCGUACAAUUCACUAUAUUGAAUUGCCAUUCCGAUAUAAUUGCUCUUUCCUUCUUUUUUUGGUGUGCUAAGCAACCUAAUUACUUCCAUGAAAAGGCAACUUGUGUUUACAUGGUUAAUGUAGUCUCUCGCCUCACUCAGAGGUUUGUAACCAUAAAAGGUGUUUUGGAUGAAUUGGAGAAUGCUGGUAUUCUGAUAAAGCCACAAGUUUUAUUACUUUUAUUGAGAAUAUACUGGCUUGGAAGAAUGCACAGUAUGGUCAUUGAGGCUUUUGGAGAGAUUCUCAGGUAUGGUUACACGCCAAACACAUUUUCUAGGAACAUAUUGAUGGAUGUAUUGUUCAAGAUUGGUUGCGCAAGUGUUGCACUUCAAGUUUUGAAGGAGACAAAGUCACCCAAUUUCCUAACCUUCAGCAUUUCCAUCGGCAAUCUGUGUAAACUCAAAGAUAUGGUCAAUCUGCAAUCUGUACUUAUGACCAUGUUGAGGAAUGGAUAUUAUCUUAACCCCAAGACAUUUUCGUCUGUUUUGAGCUGUUAUUGCAAAUCAGGUCAAUUAUCAAAGGCUACCCAAUUAUUAGGUCUUAUGAUUGCCUUGGGUGUUCCUACAUGCUUCAUUGUUUGGAGUAUAAUAAUAAAUGGAUAUUCUAAAUCUGACAAACUCGAUUUUGCCAGUCAUUUGCUAAAUAAGAUGAUGUCUAGUGGAUGCAUGCCAAAUAUGGUCACAUGCACAUCUUUGGUUAAGGGAUAUUUGGAAUCUCAUAUGCCUAGCAAAGCUUUUAAGAUCCUAGACACCAUGAAAUCCAUAGGGUGCUGUCCUGAUUUGAUUAUGUGCAAUGUGCUUAUACAUUCCCUCUCAAAAACAGGGAAUUAUGAUGAAGCUAUUGAUGUUUUCUGUAGUUUAGGGGAAAGAGGAUUGACCCCUGAUUCUUACACACUCUCCUCUAUCAUGUCAACAGUUUGUUUAUGCAAGGAAUUCACCCUCUUGCCUGUACUCAUCGAUGGAUUGGAUAUACAUGCCGAUUUAGUUGUUUGUAACUCUUUUCUAAGUUUUUUUUGCAAAGCCGGAUAUCCUAAAGGUGCUGUUGAGUUUUAUAAUGACAUGAUAUAUAGAGGUUUCCAACCAGACAAUUACACAUUUGCGGGAUUAUUGAGUGGGUUAUGUAGGUUAGGCAAGACAUCUCAGGCUGUUGAUGUGUAUCAAGGUAUUGCCAAGAAUCAAGAUGGGCUAGAUGCUCAUAUUCACACUGUGAUCAUUAAUGAACUUAUAAAAUCUGGUGAAUUUCACAAAGCCAUCAGAUUAUUCAGGAAAGCCGCGGAAGAGAAACUCCAUAUGGAUGUUGUUUCAUAUACUGUUGCUAUUGAUGGCCUGGUCAAAGGUGGUCUUGUUGAAGAUGCAUAUGCUGUGUUUAACAUGAUGAAAGAAAUUGGUUUGGCCCCGAAUAUAUACACUUACAGUUUUAUGUUAUCUGGAUUGUGUGAGAAUGUAGAUGUUAGUACUAUAAAAAGGAUACUUGUUGAGAUGGUUGAUGGAGGCAUUGAGGUUAACCAUAUUACUUUCAGGCUAAUGAAGAACAUUUUGCGCAAAAAACGGCAUUCAAGUCUAGUACUUAAUCUAUUCAUGGAGUUGUGUGAUAAAGCUGUUCAUGAUUUAAAUGUCAAGGAUGUCUUCUCAGAUAAUAAUUACCAUUUACUUGUUCUUGACACUGACACAUCUAGCUCUGAAGACAUUCUUGAUGUAGCUGCUUCAGUAGGUUGAGCACGGGGUUCCACAAACAGAAAUUGUAAAGAGUAUGUAGUCUUUUGGGGGUUAGAAAUCAGCAGAGAGCCCCAUCUCCAGCAUGAAGCUCCAAUUGCUUCCCCAUUUUCUUAUUUUAAAUCCUGAUUGAAAUGGGAAACACUUUGGUUCACAACAUAUAAUCCAUUCUUUUCAAAAGAAGACUCUUGUUGGCAUGUUGCAUCAAUGUAGAACCAUUUAAUUGUGGGUGUCUCAAGCAAUUCAGAGCUGGGGAUAUGGCGGUUCGGAACAUUCUGGACCAGAUAAGACUAAACUCCACUAGCAUCCAAAACCAUAUUGACUUGCACUGCCAAGGUUCAUAGUGUGUAUAUCUCAGGAAAUUUUCUGUGGAAUUUGGUAAAAGGGUGCUAGCGCUGACCACCUAAAAAUUCAACUCUUCCAUGGAAAGCUGAUUUUGCACAAAGCCAACCAACUCUUUAAUGUUUGGUGUUUCCAGUCGGUAUCCAUGUAAGGGUGAGAAAUGGACAAGAAAUGAGUAUUCUAAGAACACAACAGGAGCGGUUAGUCAUGGAGGCAUAAAGGGACCUGGGCAGUCGACUAUCCACGUACCUGGUUACUCUUGACCAGAUGGUGGAGCACAGUUGAAACAAAUCAUAGCUGAAGGAGAAUCGAGCAACAAAUAGUUGGAGUCUCAGUUGGAGUAACUAGUCAUUAGAGGGGUGAGAAUGGUUGUGUUUUCUUUUAUUAAUAGAUACGAUAGUAUAUUUUUAUUUAGAAGCCAGUGAAUUAUGAAAAUAUGUAUUACAUAUAUACUUUUAAGUUUUUAGCUGGUUUUCCAUAUAAGAAUGUUAAAAAAAUCAUGCCAUCCGUCUCUUCACGGCUUCACUUGUGAGUUGUGGCAUGAAAUCCAUAUCCUCUAUUAAAGCCAGAGAAUGCAGGAAAGAAGUAAUGAAUCGAGUAAUCUUUG